ACUUUUAAUUAUUAACCUCGUUGAGGAGAGCAAAUCUUCCUUCCUUGUUUUGGUUUCACUUUCUUUUAUUGACAACGUCAUCCCCAUUCUCAGUCUAACGAAGGUUUAGCUAGAGCUAUAAAAUACUGCAGAACUGCGAGGCCUUAUUUUUAUCAAAAUGAGCUGCAACCAACCUUGUAAGGAAUCAUCAGGAAAGCUAUGGGGUGGAAGAUUUUCAGGAGAAACAGAUCCUGUUAUGGAAAAGUUCAAUUCUUCUAUCAAUGUUGAUAAGCGUAUGUGGGAAGAAGACAUCAAAGGGAGUGUAGCAUAUGCAGAGGGAUUAGGAAAAAUCAAUAUUUUGACAGUUGUUGAGGUUGCACAGAUUACAGAUGGCCUAAAAAAAGUAUCAGAAGAAUGGCGGUCAGGCAAAUUUGAAAUAAAGCUGGCUGAUGAGGAUAUCCAUACAGCAAAUGAAAGAAGAUUAAAAGAAUUGAUUGGGACUGUAGCAGGAAAACUGCAUACUGGUCGUAGCAGAAAUGACCAAGUGGCUACUGAUACCCGACUCUGGCUUUAUAAAGAAAUCCAAGUUAUUAAGUCGUUUAUGAUUUCAUUUAUUGAUGUGUUUCUUCAACGAUCUUCUAAUGAAAUUGAUAUAUUGAUGCCAGGAUAUACACAUAUGCAAAGAGCUCAACCGAUUCGAUGGAGUCAUUGGCUUUUAAGUCAUGCUUGGGCUUUUAAGGAAGAUACUGAUCGUUUAAUGGAAUUGGCACCACGUGUUAGUAUGCUUCCCUUAGGAAGUGGUGCAAUUGCAGGGAAUCCACUUGGCAUUGAUCGUGAAUUUUUGGCUAAAACCGUGGGAUUCAAUGGUGUAACAAAGAAUAGCUUGCAUGGUACAAGUGGAAGAGACUUUAUCGCAGAGUUUCUGUUUUGGUCAUCUCUUGUUAUGACCCAUUUAAGCAAGCUUGCAGAAGAUCUGAUCAUCUAUAACACCAAGGAGUUUCAGUUUGUAACAUUAUCUGAUGCUUACAGUACAGGUAGCAGCCUGAUGCCACAAAAGAAAAAUCCAGACAGUCUUGAAUUAAUCCGUGGAAAAGCUGGUCGCAUAUUUGGUAAUUUUUCAGGAUUUAUGAUGACAUUGAAAGGUCUUCCAAGUACUUAUAAUAAGGACUUACAAGAAGAUAAAGAACCCUUGUUCGAUACUGUUGAUACUUUAAAAGGUGUCUUACAAGUUGCUGCUGGCACUUUAAGCACGCUCACCAUUCACAAGGAUAAGUGUCUAGAUGCAUUAAAUCCUGAUAUGUUAUCAACUGAUGUUGCUUAUUAUCUGGUACGAAAAGGUGUACCCUUUCGGGAAGCUCAUGGCUUGGCUGGUUCAGUUGUGCAACUUGCUGAAAAGAAAGGAGUUGUCAUGAAUGAAUUGACAGUGAAAGAUCUUAUCACAGUGAGUCCUUUGUUUGGAGAAGAUGCGAAAAAAAUCUGGGAUUAUAGUUGCAGUGUUGAUCAGUAUGUAUCAACCGGUGGAACAAGUAAGGCAGCAGUCAUAAAACAAAUUCAGGAGUUAAAGAUGUGGAUUGAAAUGCAAUAAAGACCUUUUUUACAUUUAUUGUUUUUUGCAUAGAUAGUUUAUUAUAUUAGGUUCUAUUUUACUCAUGUUUGUCACUUCACUCUAGUCCUUAAAGUAUGCUUUGCUUAAGUUUAAUGUACUUUUACUUUAAACUUUUUUUUGAUGGAAACAUUUUUUAAAUGGCUUUUUAAUCAGUAUUUUUAUUGAUUUUUUUAAGGGAAAGCUUUGGAUUUGGAAAUGUAUUUCUUUUUGCUUAUUUUAUUUAUCAUAAAUAUAUUUCAUGCUAAGUUAUUUUAUGUUCGUAAUGCAAUGCAACCUUGUUUUCUGUGUGAUUGGUGAUUAAAUAAGUUCUGUAUUGGAUUCAUUCUUGCAUUGAAGGGUUGGAUUAGCAAUUCACAAUUUGCAAAUAGAAAUGCUGUUUUGGUAAUCAUUCUACAAAGGAAAUUUUAAAACUGCGAGUCGCAUAUUUUCAUCGAUCGUUUGUAUCACCUGUUUCUAUAAUGGUUGUUGCAACAAAAUAAAAAUUAACAAGGGAUCAAUGAAAAGUGCUCCAAAACCUCCGAUGCAAGAGAUUUUUUUCUCUAUUAUCAGGAAUUUUUUUGAAAAGUGACUUUAUAAUUUUGAUUCAGUAUUGUCCUAUCUCGUGUUUGUUUACAGCAUGCUUGCUAUUUUGAAAUGAAAUGCUCACCUUAAAUUACAUAACUGCUUAUAUGCUUUUUGAGGAAUACCCACUACAGUUGUCCAUAAUAGAGAUUUAUUAUCACUUUACCAUAAAUUUACAUAACCUUUAAAUGUUUAAAUGUAGAAUUUUGCGAAAAUUCUUUGUGUAUAUAUAUCACAAGUCCCUUAAAUUGCAUUACCAGAUUCUGUGAUGUUUGAUUAUUAAUUCUUUGUUUUGCAUGCAGACUUUUUUAUGAAUUGUAAGUGAGUGCAUUCUUGUAUAUGAAAUUCCUUAGUAUUUAAUUGCUUGUGUGACUUUUUAAGUUUUGCUCUGUAGUUUAAAUUGAUUUUUUACUGUCAAAAUAUAUGUAAGAUGAUUUGUA